AAAUUUGAUGACCAGCACUGUCUCUUUCCCAAAUGGGGAAUGUGGGUGGGUUCGUCCCUCAGAUUGAGAGGCUGCGUCUUCCGUUCCUUUUGUCUUCUCAGAGGAUUAGGACUGUCAUGGCGCUUUCAAGAAUAGAGAGAAGGCCUUCCUUUCGUCCGGCAGAAUUACUUGGGGGCACCUCGACUGGGGAGGAGGAUGGACAGAGAGACAAGAAGACAACGCUGGCAGGCUGUCUGUCGGAUCCCCGCAAGGGGAGGAGACGCGGCAGUAGACUGUCUUGAGAGCGCCGGUCUGUGGGAACCGCCCCCCGCUACCCUGUCCAAUGGAAACCUGGCGGCGGUGCGGCACCGCCCACUGUUGGUCCGGACGCCGCGAGGGCGGGGCCCGCAGUUCGGUUGCGCUGCGGAGCGCAGCUGUGAGGGAGUCGCUGGGAUCCGAGGCCCCGGAACCCGAGCUGGAGCUGAAGCGCAGGCUGCGGGCGCGGAGUCGGGAGGCUGAGUGUUUAUUCCAGCAUGUCGGAAGGGGAGUCCCAAACAGUAGUCAGCAGUGGCUCAGACCCAAAGGUAGAAUCCUCAUCUUUAGCUCCUGGCCUGACUUCUGUGUCACCUCCUGUGACCUCUACAACUUCAGCUGCUUCUCCCGAGGAAGAAGAAGAAAGUGAAGAUGAGUCUGAGAUCUUGGAAGAGUCACCCUGUGGGCGCUGGCAGAAGAGGCGAGAAGAGGUGAAUCAGCGUAAUGUACCAGGCAUUGACAGUGCAUACCUGGCCAUGGAUACAGAGGAAGGUGUGGAGGUUGUGUGGAAUGAGGUACAGUUCUCUGAACGCAAGAACUACAAACUGCAGGAGGAAAAGGUCCGUGCAGUGUUUGAUAAUCUGAUUCAGCUGGAACAUCUUAACAUUGUUAAGUUUCACAAAUAUUGGGCUGAUGUUAAAGAGAACAAGGCUAGGGUGAUUUUCAUCACAGAAUACAUGUCCUCUGGGAGCCUUAAGCAGUUUCUGAAGAAGACCAAAAAGAACCACAAGACUAUGAAUGAAAAGGCUUGGAAACGCUGGUGUACACAGAUCCUCUCUGCCCUAAGCUACCUGCACUCCUGUGACCCUCCCAUCAUCCAUGGGAACCUGACCUGUGACACCAUCUUCAUCCAGCACAACGGACUCAUCAAGAUUGGCUCUGUCUUUCAUAGGAUUUUUGCUAAUGUGGCUCCUGACACUAUCAACAAUCACGUGAAGACUUGCCGGGAAGAACAGAAGAACCUACACUUUUUUGCACCAGAGUAUGGAGAAGUCACAAACGUGACAACAGCAGUGGACAUCUACUCCUUUGGCAUGUGUGCACUGGAGAUGGCAGUGCUGGAGAUUCAGGGCAAUGGUGAGUCCUCAUAUGUGCCACAGGAAGCCAUCAGCAGUGCCAUCCAGCUACUAGAAGACUCAUUACAGAGGGAGUUUAUUCAAAAGUGCCUGCAGUCUGAGCCUGCUCGGAGACCAACAGCCAGAGAACUUCUGUUCCACCCAGCACUGUUUGAAGUGCCCUCACUCAAGCUUCUUGCUGCUCACUGUAUCGUGGGGCACCAACACAUGAUCCCAGAGAACGCUCUAGAGGAGAUCACCAAAAACAUGGAUACCAGUGCUGUACUAGCUGAAAUCCCUGCAGGGCCAGGACGAGAACCAGUUCAGACUUUGUACUCUCAGUCACCAGCCCUGGAAUUAGACAAAUUCCUUGAAGAUGUCAGGAAUGGGAUCUACCCUCUGACAGCCUUUGGGCUACCUCGACCUCAGCAGCCACAGCAGGAGGAGGUGACAUCACCUGUUGUGCCCCCCUCUGUCAAGACUCCAACUCCUGAGCCAGCUGAAGUGGAGACACGAAAGGUGGUGCUGAUGCAGUGCAACAUCGAAUCUGUGGAGGAGGGAGUCAAACACCAUCUAACACUUCUGCUGAAGCUGGAGGACAAAUUGAACCGGCACCUGAGCUGUGACCUGAUGCCAAAUGAGAGCAUCCCGGACUUGGCAGCUGAGCUGGUGCAGCUGGGCUUCAUUAGUGAGGUGAGGGUCCUGCCUGUGUUCUGGGUGCCUCCCUGUCCUCUCUCUCAGCCCUGCCUUACUGAGCUGCUUCCCCAGGCUGAUCAGAGCCGCCUGACUUCUCUGCUGGAGGAGACGCUCAACAAGUUCAACUUCGCCAGGAACAGCACACUCAACACAGCCACUGUCACCGUCUCCUCGUAGAGCUCACUUGAGCCAGGCCCCUAGCCAGGCUGUGGCUGUCCCUGGGCAUGCUGCAGUCCUCCUGUCCCUUCUCCCCAUUCAGUAUUACCCUUCGUGCCCGUAUUAUUCAGGAGGGCUUUAGGGGCUCCCUGGUUGAGUAUCACCCUGCCCCUUCCCCUCUCUUCCUCCCCUCUGCACUUUGUUUACUUGUUUUGCACAGAUGUGGGCCUGGGCCUUCUCAGCAGCCACCUUCUAGCUGGGGGCUAGUAUCUGACCUGCUGGCUCCUGCCCUACUUGUGUGGACAGGAGGCCCACGGGCACUGGGGAAGCUGAGUUCUACAAUCCCGCUGGGGCGCAUGGGCAGGAGAGAAAGGUGGUGCUGCAGGGGUGGGCCCCCGGGGGGGCAUUCGAAUCACCUCAGUUGCUGCUGUAAUAAAGUCUACUUUUUGCUAAA